AUGUCGCAAACAAACAAGCAGGCAAAGAAAUUUAAUUGCUACCUCAAACUGCCGGAAAAAAGAUUGAUUGCAAGCUACAAAGUGGCUCACCUGUUGGCUAAACGUAAAAAAGCACACACAGACGCAGAAUCAGUUAUUGCACCAGCAUUAGCCAUUGUUGUUGAGGAACGAAUACAACCAAGCGGGGCUCAAUAUCGUCGCAAGAAAAGACGCAGGGAAGCAGAAUAUAAUGUCCUGAGAAGCUCUUUAGAUGCGUGGGUGAAAAAGCAACACGUGGCAAAAAAUCAAUUGGGUGAUGAAAAUCAUGAGUCCGUUACUGUCGUCCAAGAUGAUGUCAGUAUUCCAGUUAACACACAUCUUGACAUUGUUCGUGACAAUCAGUCGCACAAUUCGAUUCCGGAUGACGCUGAUGAUUUUGAUGAGGUGAGUGCUAAUUCUGAGGCGAGUGCUGUCAUUUUGAACGAUGACGCUGAAGGUAACAAUAACGAUGGAAAUUUUAUCGAAUUAUUUCGUGACCACGACCUUUGGCGUUUAAGGAAACCGAUAUCUACACAUUUAGUGAAAUUCUUAGUUCAGCAAGAACCAGAAAAAUUUGAACACAAAGAAGGAACACAAAGUGGAAAAACACAAAGAGAAGGAAGAUCUCUCUCUAAGCAUUGGUUCGAAACUUUGUCAAGUAAUAGAAAGUGUUUGCAGAGAAAAUGGCUGAUAUAUUCGUCAUGCAAACAGGCAUCCUUUUGCUUUGUCUGUUUUUUAUUUUCAAAAUGUGAAUCAAGUUUUUGUAACGAAAAAGGAUUUCGCAGCUGGAGAAAAUUGAAUCCUCGAAUUUAUAAGCAUGAAAAAAGUCCGGGUCACAGAAAUGCAAAGCGUGAAUAUUUGGAUUUUGGAGCACGACUUGAAAAAUUACGUGUAAUUGAUUAUGAACUUCAAAGGCAUAUUUCAAGUGAAAAAAAGAAAUGGCGACUUGAUGUUGAACGAAUUGUCAAUGUUGUUUUCCUUCUGUCAAGACAGAAUAUUGCGUUUCGAAGACACAGAGAUGAAGGAGUUUCAAAGUUGGUUAAAAAUAAUGCUUACGAAAACAAUUCUGGAAACUUUUUGGAAAUAAUCGGACUAUUGGCAGAUUAUGACGUUGUUUUGUUUGAACAUUUACAGAAUGCGAGGAAAAACCCCAACAAAGUCAACUAUCUUUCGAAUAAAAGUCAAAAUGAAAUAAUCAAUCUUAUUGCCGGUAUAAUUAAGAAGAAGAAUAUUUCUGAAGUAAAGAAAGCCAAAUACUACACUGUGAUGUUAGAUUCUACUCCAGAUAUAUCACGUGAGGAUGAAAUUGCCGAGAUCUUGAGAUACUUCCACAUCAGUGAGAAUAAGGAUGUCGAAAUUAAAGAGGUUUUUCUUGGGGUUUUUCAAGUUUCUGAGAAAAACGCGGCAAGCUCAGUGGAAACGGUGAUUGAGAAAUUGAAUGAUGAUGGAAUUGACAUAAAUGAUUGUCGAGGACAAGCAUACAAUAACGCGGCUGUUAUGAGUGGUGUACGAACUGGAGUACAAAAACGAAUUUUGGAAAUCAAUCCACAGGCCCAAAUAGAAGACUUGUCUUCAGAUAUUAAAGAUCAAGUUCGCGAACACUUCGUUGCGAAAGAGGAUGAACUGUCUGUAUUAUGGGCUUUGCAAGUUGACGAAUCUACUGACAGAACUGGAAAAGCCCAUCUUCUUGCUUUUAUUCGGUUUAUAAAGGAUGUGAAAUUGGUAAAUGAAUGCUCGCUCGUUUUGCAAAGAAUUGAAAGAUACAACCAGAGGAGAAGAUAUAUUUAA